AUGUUCAGAGGUCAAGUUUUGAACGUCGGCCUUUCUGGAACCGCGCGUGUGUUCACACGGAAUAUAACCAGUGUGCCGCGUCGGAUUGCUCCAGUUUUCCGUUAUGGAUCGGACAACGUUGAGAAGAGAGACGCGCGAUUGGAAAAACUGAGACUUGUUCCUCCAAGACCAACUGUUUUUGCCAGAAACCCAUACCACGAAGAUAACAUGGAGGUUCUUUUGGAGAUGUUGAAUAAGCACUCGUCUUUGCCAUACAGCAAGAAAAAUUCAGAGGGAACUACGUGGAUUUCCUUUGACGACUACAAGAAAAGAGGUGAUGGUGCCAAAUGUAAAGGAGCAGAGUACGCCAAGUUGAAACAGACACUGGUUCGUCUGGACUCUAUUGAUCCACAGCUUAAGAGCCAGGAGCUGGAAGAAAUUUUGAACAGUUACAAGGUUUCUAAAUCUAAGAAGGAGGUGAUAAAGAAAGUGAAAGAAUUGGAUAGCAAAGGAAGGGCAGUUGCCGUAGGAAGAAGAAAGGACUCGAGCGCAAAGGUUUAUGUGGUUGAAGGAGAAGGAACUAUUUUGGUUAAUGAACUUUCAUUCGACAAGAAAUUCGUCAACAUCAAAGACAGAAUGAGAAUAUUGCAACCUUUGCAAUUGGUUCAAUCGGAAACCAAAUAUAACGUUUUCGCACUUUCAAGAGGUGGUGGAAGCACCGGACAAGCUGAUGCUGUGCGUCUUGCUAUUGCUAAAGCUUUGGUGAUCCACAAUCCAUUAUUUGAAAGCAUAUUACAGAAGAACGGCUGUUUGACCAGAGAUCCUAGAGCUGUUGAGAGAAAGAAGCCUGGAAAGUUGAAGGCCAGAAAGGCCCCAACUUGGGUCAAGCGUUGA